CAAACCUCAAAAUCAGGAGGCACUGCCUCUCUGCUCCUCGCCAUCUCCCCACAGCACACUUUUCUUUUCUUUUUUAUAUGUAUUUUUUAAAGCCUCAUGGAAGGUUUUACUUGUAGAUCAACUUUCAGAACGUAAGGAGUCAGAAUGGUUGACGUCAUGAGAAAAAUAUGUGGAGCUGAUUUCGACGAGAAGUGAAGAACCCAGAGCAAGAAAGCGGUUCUCACUCCUGAGCCCAGGGAGUUGGCAGCAUCUGGGUUUCAGAAGAGACAGCACCUCCGAGUUGUCUUGAAGUUGAGGCUUUGCUAAACUACUGUUCAUCUGGCUACAAGAUCUGAAUACUGUGACCACCAACUUGUUGAACCAGGACUCUGAGGCUGAUAUGCAAUGUCACUUCCAACAUUAAUCAGAUACUGCAUUUAAGAUCUUGAUGUGGAAGAGAUGGAGGACUCAGAACCAAGGAUUUCCAAGUGAUUUCAUCCAAAGCACGAGAAACUAAGUUUGUUGAGGCUGAUCCGUUCUACCUGAGAUGACAGUCAUGUCCCUUUCCAGGGACUUCAAGGACGACUUUCACAGUGACACGGUGCUCUCCAUUUUAAACGAGCAGCGCAUUCGGGGCAUUUUGUGUGAUGUCACUAUCAUUGUGGAAGACACCAAAUUUAAAGCCCACAGCAAUGUCCUGGCUGCUUCAAGCCUUUAUUUCAAAAAUAUCUUCUGGAGCCAUACCAUCUGCAUUUCCAGCCACGUCCUGGAGCUGGAUGAUCUCAAAGCCGAAGUGUUUACAGAAAUCCUUAAUUACAUCUACAGCUCCACGGUCGUCGUCAAGAGGCAGGAAACGGUCACCGAUCUCGCAGCUGCAGGGAAAAAGCUGGGAAUAUCCUUCUUGGAAGAUCUGACCAAUCGCAACUUCUCCAGUCCCCCCGGGCCCUAUGUGUACUGCAUUACUGAAAAGGGAGUGGUUAAAGAAGAAAAAAAUGAAAAGAGACAGCAUGAAGAACCAGCCAUCACCAACGGGCCAAGGAUCACAAAUGCGUUUUCCAUCAUCGAGACGGAAAAUAGCAAUAACAUGUUUUCUCCACUGGACUUGAGGGCGAGUUUCAAAAAGGUCUCCGACUCCAUGAGAACCGCCAGCCUCUGCCUGGAGAGGACUGAUGUCUGUCAUGAGGCAGAGCCCGUGCGGACCCUGGCCGAGCACUCCUACGCCGUCUCCUCCGUGGCUGAGGCCUACCGGAGUCAGCCCCCGCCCGCAGGCGAACCUGCCAGCAGCCCGCCCGGUAAGACAGGUGAAGAAAACGGGGAAGCUGUGGCCGAAAAGCCGACCGCAGGCCGGAAGCCGAAGGCACUCUCCGUACCCCAGGAUUCCGAACCAGCCACUGAAAAGGCACCGCCCCCUCCAGCAACCACCGUGGAGGCUAAUCAAGAAAGGAGCCCACAGCCAGCCGCAGUUCUUUCUGGCUCAAAAUCUCCCAACACUGACGGAGAUGUCCGUCUCCCCAGGGAAGAUGAGAACGUAUCCUCUGAGGUCCCCGGGCCGCCAGCAGCGGAGGUCCCGCCUCUCGUUUACAAUUGCAGCUCCUGCUCCAAGUCCUUUGAAAGCAGCACUUUGCUCGGUGCCCACAUGCAGCUGCACAAGCCCACCCAGCAGCCCCUGGUGUGCAAGUACUGCAACAAAGAGUUCAGCACCCCGAACAGGCUGGACCGGCACGAGCAGAUCUGCAUGCGGUCCAGCCACAUACCCGUUCCAGGAGGAAAUCAGUGCUUUUUAGAAAACUAUCCUACCAUUGGACAAAACAGAGGUUCCUUCCCAGGCCCAGAGUCUUUAUUAUCUGGAAACAGGAUUGGUGAAUUUUCCAGUCCCGGAAGUACCUUGCCAGAGAUGGACCACCUGGUUAAAUUGGUUAAUGGGCAGAUGCUCUACAGCUGUACCGUAUGUAAGCGCAGUUAUGUGACUCUAUCCAGCCUCCGCCGACAUGCAAACGUCCACUCCUGGAGAAGAACAUACCCUUGCCAUUACUGCAACAAAGUGUUCGCACUGGCUGAGUACAGGACCAGACACGAAAUCUGGCACACGGGAGAGAGGCGGUAUCAGUGCAUUUUCUGCCUGGAAACGUUCAUGACCUACUAUAUACUCAAAAACCACCAGAAGUCUUUCCAUGCCAUUGACCACAGACUGUCCAUCAGUAAAAAAACGGCAAACGGAGGCUUGAAACCUAGUGUCUAUCCAUAUAAACUGUACAGGCUGCUGCCCAUGAAAUGCAAGAGGGCCCCUUAUAAGAGCUACCGAAGUGCUUCCUAUGAAAAUGCUCGAGAGAACAGGCAGGUGAACGAGCCUGCAGCUGGUCCCUAUGUUGUUCAGAAUCCACGCGGCUCUGAGUUACCGGCUCUGAAUUUCCCCGAGAGCGUGCACACCGUGACCCACAGUCCAGCUGUCGCGCUGGAAGCGGCCACAGGUCAGAACAGACCCACUUCUGCCAAUGUUCCAAACGCAGAGGGGUCCAAAUGGGGAGAGGAGUCGUUGAAAGUUGACCUUGACAAUAACUUUUAUUCAAAGGAGAUGUCCCUUUCCUUCUCUGGAAAUGCUGUCAGCUCCGACCUCCCGGCCGGGGGGGUGCCUGCUUUGUCUUUGAGUCAUGGCAGUGAGAACUCGGCGUCUGUGAUCAGCUACGGCGGCUCAGCGCCCUCGGUCAUUGUGCACAGCAGCCAGUUUUCGUCGGUGAUCGUGCACAGCGGCACGGUGGCUGCCCUGUCCAGCAACAACCACAGAGCCCCUCCCGGCCCCGCUGUCGGUCAGACCCUGAAAGAGGACAGCAAACCCGAGCCGGACAAAGUGGGGCGAGUGGUCAGCAGACACAGAGGCAUGAAGGAGAAAAAGAAAACCAUCCCCUGUGACAGGGGAGACGUACCAGAGGAAUCAAGAUACGCUGCUGAUCCUGGAGGGUCGCUGAGCAAAACCACGAAUGCCAGUAAAGAAACCAGUAAAAUCGAAACCUACAUCGCGAAGCCUGCUCUCCCUGGCACCUCCACAAACAGCAACGUCGCGCCCCUUUGCCAAAUAACAGUCAAAAUCGGGAAUGAAGCCAUUGUGAAAAGGCAUAUCCUAGGGUCCAAGCUGUUCUACAAAAGAGGGAGAAGACCCAAGUACGAAGCGCAGGAGGAGGCUUUGCCGCAAGAGAGUGACCUGGACCCCAAGGGCGACAGCCCGCUCGAGCUCUGCCAGUCCGAGUGCAUGGAAAUGAGUGAGAUGUUCGAUGACGCAAGCGACCAGGACUCCACGGACAAGCCGUGGCGCCCUUACUACAACUACAAACCCAAAAAGAAAUCGAGACAGUUGAGGAAAAUGAGGAAAGCCCACUGGAGGAAAGAGCACGGGAGUCGGAGCCCAGGCACCAAGUAUAAGUACCCGGCAGAACUGGACUGUGCCGUGGGCAAGGCUCCUCCGGAGAAGGCCUUCGAGGAAGAAGAAAACAAAGAGAUGCCCAAGUUGCAGUGUGAGCUCUGCGACGGAGACAAGGCCUUGGGGGCUGGGAACCAGGGAAGGCCCCACCGGCAUCUCACCGCCAGGCCGUAUGCCUGCGAGUUCUGCGCCAAGCAGUUCCAGAACCCUUCCACGCUCAAGAUGCACAUGAGGUGUCACACCGGAGAGAAGCCGUACCCGUGCAAGACCUGCGGACGGUGCUUUUCGGUGCAAGGAAACUUACAGAAACACGAACGCAUCCACCUGGGCGUCAAGGAGUUCAUCUGCCAGUAUUGCAACAAGGCGUUCACGCUGAAUGAGACCCUCAAAAUCCACGAGAGAAUCCACACCGGCGAGAAGCGCUACCACUGUCAGUUCUGCUUCCAGAGUUUCUUGUACCUCUCCACGAAACGGAAUCAUGAGCAGAGGCACAUUCGGGAGCACAACGGGAAGGGCUUUGCCUGCUUCCAGUGCCCCAAAAUUUGCAAAACAGCGGCUGCCCUUGGAAUGCACCAGAAGAAACACUUGUUCAGAAGCCCGAGUCAGCAGGAGAAAAUAGAAGGUGAUAUGUACCACGAAAACUCGAAUCCGCUGGAGAAUCCACAUUUCAUGGAUUCAGAAGACAAUGACCAAAAGGAUCAUCUACAAACCAUUGUUGGAAAUGUCCUUUGAGUGAUGACACAGAAAAAAAAAGUCUUCAAAAAUAUAAAUUGGUGGGGGUUUUUUUUUGUUGUUUUUUUAGUUAGCUGUUGUGUGUGUGUGUAUGUGUGUGUUUUAAGUUUAGUUUUGUUUUGUUCACCUAACAGUCAUGAAGGAGUGAAUUGUAAAAAAGAAAAUCUCAUUUGUGAAAAUUUCAGAAAAAAAGGAUCCCAAUAUCUACUUUGGGUUUUAGCGUUAACGUCUUACAAAGUGCGCAAAAAUGAAAUAGCUGACUCCGCCAAUACCCCGAGUAUCGUGUGAAAGUUUAUGAAGUUCUUAGCUGUGGUAUUUCUGCCAGUGGGGGGAAAAGAGUUUAACUUUAGCCUAAUUUAAAACUUUCUGGUUAGUGCUAUUAGGAACUGGCUGCUACACUGUCUUUAGUCACUGGAGAAAAGGGUCAGACAUCAUGAAAAUGUCAACUGCAUAAGCAAGUUCCAAGGUCAAUGGGCUCUGACAGUCAUUCCCAUUCAGCUUCUGCACUAUUGAAAAUUGUUUAAAUUCAAUGGAUACCUAUUAAAUACUUAAUGUAGUUAAAAACUAUGUGUGAAAUGAGUAACCUAAGUAGGACAUGCAUAUAUUAGAACUACUUUUCUGCAACACAAACCUUGUAAAAUACAUAUAUAAAUCACCCUAACUUUUAACUGUCCAUGUCCCCUGUAGAGAGUUAUAACGAUGAGCAAUAGAUCUGCAAAGAAUGAGGACUGGUGUAAAAAACCAGUAGAAAGCAUUUUGAAUAUGACUUAAAAGAGCAUGUCUAUGCUUUUAGAUGGAAUGCUGUUCUCUCGAGGUUAUGGCUGAGCUGUUAUUAGAACUGGCCUGUUCAAGUCAGAGAAAACAUAGGUCCUGCCUUAUCUAUGGGGAAAGCCUUCCCAGAAUUUAUCUGUGGUGGCCUGUGCUGUGUAUUACUUUCCAAUGGCCUCACCUCAGAAAAUGAAGAAGGUCCGCAUUCUUCUGAAACUCCCUGCAGUCACCCAUCCAUCACAAGGCCAUGCAUGUGGAGGUCUGUUCCAGACAGACUUCCCCCGGCUCAAGGGAUCAAGCAAAACCUGACACCUCCCGUUCCACUGAAGGAGUGUCUAGGAAAUUUAACACAAAGCAUGCAUGCAGUGGUGAGGGCCCAGCGCUGGAAAGGGACAGAAAGCCUAAUCCCUACAAUGAUAGUUUUCUUGGAGAGUAUGCAGCCCACAAGCAGAGACUAGUAUAAAACAAAAGGACAACAGAAACACACACUGCGCCCCACCCGUUACAGACUUGAGUGGGCCACAGGAAGGGCGGACCGUCCUUGCCUCAAACAGUAGCUUUGUUUGGGGGUGGCGAGGGAGGUAGAAUAUGGGGUGAUAAGAUUCGAUCACUUAUGUGACUCAGAAAUAUAUCCACAAAGUCAGAUGCCUUGUCUUCAUGUUUACAGACCUCUAGCCCCCUUGCUAAAAAAGCCCACUUACGUUUUUUUAAUGUUCUUUUAUGUUGACCCACAUCAUCAACAUUGCCCUCAAAGUCUAAUUGCCCCACAAGCGGUCCAUCAUCUGGACUAGGUCCCAGGAAGCUGGAACUCAUGAUUCUUACUUUUUAAACUGCCAUCAUAGGAGGCAGAGAGAAAGCAUUCCUAUCCUUUGAUCACCAGUAUGAGCAGAAUCUGGGAAUCGGCUCAAGGGUGACCUGCAGCCAUUCAUGUUCAUGGGAUUUGAUAGAUGGAAACCCAAGGCUACCCAAGGUUGCAGAGUUACCAUUACGAAGAAGUAGCUCAAAGGACUCCAGUUUCUCUCUCCAAAGGGGAUGUCUUCAUGAAGAAGAAUGAAUACGGAUUUGGGUGGGCAAGAGAGCAUUUAAACACCCAGAAAAGGACAUGAUCAACGCUGACCUUGUAAUACUGUAGUACUCUGCUGUUAAGUAACCCCAAUAUUGUAUCUGCAUUUAUCUUUUGUUCAAACACAUUCAGUUACAUACAGUAUUAUAUAAUAGAGGAAAAUGGAAAAAAUGCUAGCAAAUUCAACUUUAUUUUACACAUUGUAUAUAUGUAUACCUGCACUAUUCAUUUGGGUUUUGUUAAAAAGAUAGUCACAAAGGGCUGAAGAAUUAAUAAUUAGAAUACUGAAUAAGCAAUCCUGUGAUCUGCUGAUUUGUUUUAUCAAUUAGGAUUAUGAAUCAAGAAAAAUAAUUGUGUAUUUUAGUCAUUUUGAUUUGAGGUAACUCCAAAUAAGAAGUUAUUCCAUGUAGUGAUGUCUCCCAGCCCUUACAUGUGGAUAUUUUUUAAGUGGACUUGUAUGCUGAUAAUUCUAGACCAAAGUAAAUAUGGCAGAAUAUUUAUACAUGAAAAAAAUAAUUUUGCAAAUAUUUUCUAUAAUUGUAUUAUUCGUUUAAAACGUUGACCGCUUGUGUUAGUUUCAGGGAGGGGUGUAUAUUUUGAUAAAAAAUACUUGACUUUGUAAUUCUGUAUAUUCUACACAAUUUAUAGCAGAGCCGUUUUAAGACAGCCUUGUCACAUUUUUUGUUAAUUGUGAAAACAUUAUUUUGAGUGAUGUUUAAGUAUGCAUUGAGUACAUAACGACCAACUAGAAUUCAAGUGAGUGUAAACAGUGAACAUACUGUAUGCUGUACGAGAUAUAUUGUAAUUUGCUGUUUUAGCAUCUGUAUUUUGUUUAGAAGAUAUUAUUAAAUGCAGAUGUUAAGGGUUGGAAAAAGUCUAAUUUUAUUUUUAGAAAUAAUGAAUAUAAAUUUGUUUUUGCUUGAUUAAAAUAGCUUGUUCCUAU